AUGGCAGGAGAUAUGAAAUCUACAGUAAAAAACAAUUUGAUUAAGCCAAAUAAACAAAAUUUAAAUUGCAAAUUUAAUGAACCAUCAAAUAAAAUACAAUUAAUAUAUGUGAAAUGGACAAUAAAUCAGAGGGAUAUUUCAUUGAUAAUAUCGGAUGACACCACGGUAUUCGCAAGCCUGAGAAACGUGAUAGGAACCAAAAAUACAACUCAGUGUAGAAAGAUGCUGGGCCUGACCGAUGACGUGGACCUGGCAGUGAUAUUCAUAAUAACAAUGUGCAACACACGCUUCGUGGAUGAACAAGUGGUAACCAAUUGGAUAGGGUCUGACCUGCAGGAAUCCUCAAUCAAGAUAGUGAUCAGAGGAGAACUUACGCCGGAGCUUAAGGACGUAGGAAUAGGAAGUGUGUGCGCAAUACUUAACCCGAACAUGAAGGAUGAAAUAACGGUAUCGGAUUUAAAGUCAAUAACAAUAAAGCGGCUGGACGACAUACUGGUAAUAGGGCAGGUUGACGGACUGACGCCAUGUAAAGGAAUAACAACGAAGGGGGAAAUGUGUAAGAAUUUAGUAUACACACACAACCAAGGGGAUUACUGUAAAUACCAUAUCAAAUUCGCAAAUAAGAAAAACAGUAACAGACUUAGUAGAGUGAACAAUGGUACUAAUAAAACAGGCAACAGUGACGGUAAGAGCUCCUAUGGUGACUUGAGCAGGAGAGAUGUUAAUAAGAAACUAUUGGAAGCAAGGUUGGGGGAACGAAUGUACUUCGAAGGAGGAAAGCCUUACACACUCGUGGAAAGGCCUAAGCCAGUAAAGCCAUACGAGACGAUAGCAAAACUGGGGAGUUUGAACCAUCUAAUGCAAAAAGUCAUGAAAGAUAGAACAGCACAGAGCCUAUCAGCGUCAUCGUCUAACUCAGGAGAAUCCUACAACAGAGUAACUACAGUCAACAAUCAGCACAUUGGCCAAACACCUAAAAGUGGAGUUGUCACCUCUAAUAACCAAGUGGAUACCAGCAAGGAUAGUGGCAACAGCUAUACAACCGAUAUGAGUAAUGUAGCUGGUACCGGCAAUAAAACAAGUAACACGGCGGUUGAAGGCAGUAAAACAAAUAACAUCGGCAAUAAAAACACCAAUAACGUAGCUAAUAAGAGUAAUCUCACAAUCAACAACAAAGUUGCUAGGCCGGCAUCAACCACAAACGAGACGAGGGAGUUCGAAAGCUUAAGUAACUUAAUUAAGCAAUACAUAACAAAGGAUCCGAAGGAAUGUAACAACAUGCUGAACGCACUGCAGCUAAUGAUAAGGAAAGUGAGUGGAGUGUCAAACGAAGUGAUAAGGAAGACGCAAAUAAUGAAGGUGUGCGAAUUCCUACUGGACCAUCCUGAGGAAAACGUGGCACUAUCAGCACUAAGGUUGAGAAGAGCAAUAAGGAAAUACAACAAAACAGCACUCAAGGACGGAGAGUAUGUAGUAACAAGAUUGAACACGGGGAUAGGAAAUGAAAGGUUAGAUACAAGAGCCACUAAUGAUUAUUUAAGUAGGAGAAAACCAGGAUCUGAGUCAAAUAAGGAACUGAACAGAGCGAAAAACAAAGAAACAGUUAUCAAGGAGCUGGAUAGCCUGAUUAACCUAACAUCUAAGGUGGAAGCAGUAGUUGACAAGGAAAAGGGGAAACAACUAACGGAAAGGUUGAAAAACAUUGAAAAGAUGGAUAAAACAGAGGAAUUUAAGCUAACUAUUAAGUUCUUAGAAGUGGAAGCGUACCACUGUAGAGAGUGCGAUAUGUGGUACGAGCACGUAAAUAAUUACUGUAAACGGGAAAAUCACACCUUAAAUAAAAAAAGAGUCAAGAAGGAGUACCAUAUUUGCAUAAACAAAGGAUGUAACUACAGAUAUUACUCACUCAACGGACAAAAACCCUCACGUUGCCCCAAGUGUAAGCAAACGACAGUAGUUUCACAAAAGACCAGCUUCUACAAGCCGAGACCUGAUUAUUUGAUGCCAAACGAGGUGCUGGCGGAAACGGAAUCGGGAAGAUCUAGACCACUGGAUUGUGAUUCCUAA